CUCGUCCUGCACGGCACCACAAGCAUGAAGCUCUCGGCGCUCUUCUUCUCUGCCAUGGCGACGGCUGUGCUGGCGACGCAAAAGCACUGCACGAAGGCCGAUUUUGAAGGUCUCAACUCCCAGCUCACGGCUCAUGCGACGUACACGGCGUGCGCAUCGGAUGUCGGCGUGUCGGUCGAAGCCUUUGCCAAGAUGAAGGAACUCACGCCAGAGCAGACGACGGCGCUCAUUGGCAGCAGCAACUGCAAGGCGCUUUGGACCAAGGCCCAGGCCGCGGCCAAGUCCAACGGUUGCCUCGAGCUCCACUACGGGUCGGAGAUUACGUGGCCGAUGGUGACGUCGAUGCUUGAGGUCGGGUCGUACCCCAAGGUCACGGCGCGCUGCGACCAGGCCGACUUCCAGAAGGCCCUCGGUCCGCUCUUCCAGAACCAGAACAUCAUGCCGUGCUUCUCGGCCACUGGGCUCUACGCCAACCUCUUCACCAAGACGAUGCCGACAAAGGAGCAAAUUAUGAGCUUCGGCCAGAACGACUUUUGCCGCGCGCUGUACAACGACGCGAUCAAGCUCCUCUCGGGUCUGCCGCACUGCGCCGUCGACAGCAAGGGCUUUGACAUCCACGCGAUCGAGAAGCUCGAUUUCGAUAGCUUUAUCGGCUGGGUUUCGAUCGGCAGCGACCUUUUGCACCAGCAGGUGGCGCCGCAGCUCAUGACGAUGGCCAUGUCUGCCCUUCAACCCGAGGAUGUCUCGGAUGGCAGUAGCUCGACGCUCUUGGUCUCGGGGUCGGUGGCCGCCGGCUUUCUCCUUGCCUUUGUCGCGAUGUUUGUGUACAACAAGGCGCGCGACGAGCCUGCUCGCUAUGGCGAGUCGUCGGGUCUCCUCCAGAUUUAAUAACUCAAAUUCGAUUGCCC